AUGUCGACAGAUUACUUUCAGUACGGUGCCCUCGCAUCACCCGCACGAACGCCUGAACACACUCCACCAGAACUUGCAGCAUCGAAGCCUUCCUCACGUGGUCGUACGAAACACCGUGACUUUUCCACUAAAUCGGCUCCACUGCCCUCGUUCGAUGCAUCCGACAUCUCUGAGAUCCUCACCUUACGACGCGAGCUCGACUCAAAACACCAAUUCAUCGAUACUCUCGAAGAAAAUCUCAAGAACACAAAUACGGAAAACGAAACUCUUUCUGGCCAACUUCGCGAAAGUACAAAGAAGACAAGGCAACUGGAACAGAAGUUCAAGCUCCUCGAGAACGGCACUUUCGAUGCCGUCGAGGGUCUACUCGCUGAGCGAGACAAUGUCAAGAUUGCGAAUCAAGAGCUACGAAACAAGCUGGAUGCAGCAACCAAGAAGACCAAGACCUUGGAGGAAGAGAACAUCCGGGCGAGAGAAGCAUGGGAUCAGGAGAGACGUUCGUGGCAAACCGACAAGCGCCAACUAGAGCAGAAGGUUCACAUUUCCGAAACACGCUUACGAGCAGUGGUAGAAGAAGUUCGAACUCAUCAUCUUGCUUCUCAAGCUCAGCAGAAGCUUGAAGAUACAUCCGGCGACAACAGUGAUGCUGCCAGUGUCCACUCUUACCGACAUGCAAGGCAUGCUAGAAACCAAAGCAGUAUGAGCGUCCGGAGUCUUGCACCUUCUAUAAGCAGUGUUCGAAGGCCAGCCAUGACUUCUCUGGCCAAUGAGCUCAACUCGGACGAUGAGGACUAUGACACAGAAGACCUGAAAGGGGAUGACGAGGAUCUUCCUUUGUUCGCCCAGAAUCGUUCAAUCGAAGCUCCUAUUAGUCCCCCAGAUACACCGCACUAUGUUACCAACGGAGAUGUCCAGAAAGAAACCCCAGCGAAGCCGGUCUAUCAAUCAGUUUCGACACAAACAGAACUUGCUGUUCCUGGGGAUCUGGCAUCCAGACGAAACGUGGCCAUGGCUGCGGUAGAAGUUCUUCCAAUCCCAGCUAUCACCAUCCAACCUCCGUUGUCGCCUAGAGCUGGUGAGAGCGUCCUGCCUCCUGGUAUGCGCAGUAGCUUUGUGCAGACAGAAGAAGUACCUCCUGCGCCGAUGCUAGACGCCGCCGUGCAGACAGAAGAGAUCAGAAUUGACCGAAGACCAAUCAAGCUUCCACCCUAUCUAUUGCCAAGCGCUCUGGAGCAAGGUGUUCCAACCGCAGGCCACGAGUCUCAAACAGCUACGAAGCGCCGUGUGGUCAUGCAUCGAAGCACCUUUAGCAAAGAUGGUAAUCGUCUGCCUCUGAAGCCUAUCGACCUCCCACCGCCUAGGCUUCGCUCGGUGAACAAUGGCAAACAUCAGCACCAGCAGUCGGAAGACAAUUCCUCAGAACCCACACCACCGCAGUGGUAUGUGGACACGGACGCCAACGAUCAAUUAGCCGAGUCGAGUGAUGAUAUGAGAGCCAUCUUUGGGAACAUGCCUGGUAUCGUUCGUCCUAGUGUACGGUCACUGUUCAAUGGCCCUCCAAAGACUGUACCAGAAAACCGAGCAGUUUCUCCUGGCAAUUUUGUCAUCAGUCCUGAAAGACCUUCUGUCUUCGCUCAUGGCAAGAGGAUGGGAUCUGACGGCAGCUCAAACCAGAGUCGUCCACCUAGCUCAAGGGGGACAGCCCAUUCUGUAAGAACAGGACCUUUCUUCAGCUCUCAUGAGCGUAAAUCAAGCAGACCGAAUACUGCAAGCAGUUAUGGCGCAACACCAGCACCGCCAUUCCCUAUUCCUGGCCGUAUAAGCUCGAGGCCUCCUACUAGUGAAGGACCCCAAAGCCCCACCGUACGCGGGUCUCAGUCAAUGCGAUCACGUCGGUUAAGCAAGGAGUCUCGAGUUGGGCCCGAUGGCGGCCUUAGAAAGGUACAGUCGUCCGGUGCUAUGAGAACAAAUGCUCGCAUGUCUCCAAGACGUAGGAGAAGAGCACCAGAUCUCGAACCUAUCAAGUCAAUGGCAUUUGACACACCGUCCAAAGACAACUUGCUCCUUCCUGACAUAGUCACUCCAACACACGAAAGCUUCGGUAACCCUCACAGAAACCAAAACAUCAUAGAUUCUCCAGACUUCGACCAGGAUAGUGCAGUGGAAGAAGAGGAUGAGCAGAGCCAAGACAAUGUUAUUGUUGAUGCCAUAGCAGCCACCAUGGUCGGCGAGUGGAUGUGGAAGUACGUUCGCAGACGUCGAUCCUUUACCAUCGGCGAGUCUAGGGCAGACCAGAUAGAUGAAGGAGCCGGCAGCGGUGUGCGACACAAGCGAUGGGUGUGGCUUUCGCCAUACGAGCAAACGGUCAUGUGGAGUUCCAAGCAACCAAAUUCAGGUCCAGCAUUACUUGGAAAAGCUGGGCGUAAAUUGCUUGAUGUCAAAGACACGACGCCGCUACACAAAAGUGCUUCACAUGAGCCCAUCUUUGACAGGUCAAUACUCAUCUUGACCCCAGAGCGAGCCCUCAAGCUUACUGCUUGCAACAAAGAAAGACACUAUCUUUGGCUUACAGCCCUAUCUUUCCUUGCACAGUCGGGUCGUGGUCCUCCUCAGGUGCCUCGUUUGUCACCCGAACCAGAGCCUACAUCUGGCAAUACGCAUCGACGACGGUCGUCAUUACUGCCAGGACCUAUCUUGCCGACGAAGACAGCCAUUGGACCAGCGUUAGCACAGAACCAUGUCAAGGGACAUCAGCGUCUGGAUACAGCUGACUCGACUGCUCCGCCUGACAUCUCUAGGAUUAAUGGUGGCCGCCACCAACGCAAGCGAAGCAGCACAAACCCCCUGUUUGCACGUAGAUCGUCAAACACAGCUACAUACCAAACUUCUGCCAGCGGUCCGACUCGUCCGAAUCUCAGACCUGGCGACCGAGAUGGUUCAGACCGCUCAAUCGGUACGGUACGUAUGGAUGCCUUUAUCGGUCAGGGCAGAGGUGAUAAUAACACACGGGACAUGAUGACAGGCAAAGGGUAUAUUUUCGGCGAGAGCUUGGAAGUGGACCCAUUCGAGGAAUUCUAG